UGGUAUCAUUGCGCGCUUUGUAUUAUAGUGCUCCAAAAUAAUUUGGCCUUGUAAAUCAAUAUUUACAAAAAGCAAAUUAUACUCGGAUGUCCAACGAUGUUAGCAACACUUUCAUCGCAACACUGACUCAUCCGCGCGUACUGCGGUGACACAAAGAAGCAACUAAGAAAUUCAUGGGCGGAAGGAUCCCUUUUCAAAAUAAGGCGCAGCAGCCGGCGUCAUUGGAUUGGGGUUUCCGGGCAACUCGAGCGCAAUACUGGCACGCUGCCUUCCUAGACUUGUGCUGUCGUUUUAAGCAUAUAACCUCACUUAGCCAAAGCCAAGGAACCAUUUACCUCUCGUUAACGGUUAUACCGUUCUUUAUACCUUCUACAAAAAGCGCCGCAAGUUAACGGGACGAUGGCUGAUCAGCUGACCGAAGAGCAGAUUGCAGAGUUCAAGGAGGCGUUCUCACUGUUUGACAAAGAUGGGGACGGUACCAUCACAACCAAAGAACUUGGGACCGUGAUGCGCUCACUGGGACAAAACCCCACGGAAGCCGAGCUGCAGGACAUGAUCAACGAGGUGGAUGCUGACGGUAAUGGCACAAUAGACUUCCCGGAGUUUCUGACCAUGAUGGCGAGGAAGAUGAAGGACACUGACAGUGAGGAGGAAAUCAGAGAAGCCUUCAGGGUCUUCGACAAGGAUGGAAAUGGUUACAUCAGCGCUGCUGAGCUCCGACACGUCAUGACCAACUUGGGGGAGAAGCUCACCGACGAGGAGGUGGAUGAAAUGAUUCGAGAGGCGGACAUCGACGGCGACGGUCAGGUCAACUACGAAGAGUUUGUCCAGAUGAUGACCGCCAAGUGAAGAGAAGACUGAAGUCUCUGUUCAUGUUUCUUGUCCUCUUGACAUCUCUGUCUUUAAGAACAACAAAGGAACUACGAAUCAAACGGUUAACAAAUUGCCCCCCUAAAAACGAUCAAUCUGUAGAAUAUUUGUGCGACUUCUGAGGCGUCUGUCUGUCGGACAGGACAGUGAAUGGACCAAGUGUUAAUGUGGGCCACCGGCCUUUUCUUCGCCCAAGGUUGCGCCGAGUCAUCCAGCUAUAUGAUUUAUUUAGAGGUAAAAGCAACACAGAAAUUGCAAGCAGCGACGAACCAAUACCAGAGUUCCUCUAGGGAAAAAUCUUCUUUUCCAGUAUUCAACAUUGACUCUUUUGUGGCUGUGGUGAGACUCUACCAAUUUGAUUACUCUUGUUGCAUGCACCUUUUCUGUGGCUCAUGUCUUGACAAGGUGGUUCUGAACCCAUGAGAGUGAGUGGACAGAACGUGUACACAGUGGAGGUAUAUACAUGAAUAUCUAGCUAUAUUUCUGUAAUAUAUGUGUCUCUAUUUACAAUCUACAGAGCCAAUGACUGCAACACAAGGGGUUCCAUGUUGGGAAGGGGGAUCUAGAAUCUGAAAGAGUUUAGACGAGCGAAGCGGUGUAGGAGGGUUCACUUCUCUCCUGGGCGUCGAGUAUUGUCUGAGUGGCAGGGUUGGUGUCACCGGGGAGUUUAGCCAUCAGGACGAUCUCACACUUGACAACUGCAGUUCCUGCAAACGGAUAUCCUGAUGAUAUAUUGAUGUAAUGCUUUAUAAAUGUUAUCAAUAUCAAUGUAUUAUGACAAACUUUGCUCACAAGAAUAUAUCUAUAUCUAUAUAUAUUGGUGUAUCGUAAAGUUUGCAUUGCUUAUUGUUGUGGAAAAUGACCUGUGAACUGUUCUCUUUGGUUUUCAAACGUGCCAUAAUACUGUACAGGGUUUCCCGCAGGGCUGUGUUGUUAAGGCGGCGCUGCCUUCGCCAACACUGCUACGUUCUCCCGAAAACAAUCGGCCUUACACAGCGUCAGCAGCAGAGGUUUAUCUUCUGUUUGCUGACACCAAGCUACAACAAUCUCUCUCUCUCUCACCACUGACUGAACAGACUGUGAUGUCACAGGCUCCGCCUCCCGCAUGCCGCCGCCUUGACUGACAGAUCUUCUGCGGGAAACCCUGCUUUGACUUACUCAACUUUCCUGCUCGUAGUCCAUCCGACUGAAAUAACCUUCUUGAUAUAACAGAAUAUUAGAAUGCACACCGUGAUUAUAGUCGACUUUGGUUUCACCCAUGUGGAUAUGACAACGUUCUGUCUUAAAAUAAGAAAAGGAAGUAACCAGGUUUGGCCGCCUCUGCUGUGGCUGCUCUUGUGUUCCACUCAUUUAUUUGUCCUUGUUGUCGUCCGAUCUCGGAUUUGUAGUCCAGUGGUUCAAACUUCAAUCUGCUUGCUCUUUUACUCGACUGUAUAUUCACCAAUACUCCUCGUUCUCUGGGUGGUGCGUUUCAUUUAGACUGUUUGAAUUUCCGGUAAAGUGGAAUGUCGACUGGCUUAAGAGGAAGACUGAAGCUUGAUUUGAUGCAAUUUGAAUUGGUUUCCUUGGAUUCAGAUGAUCGAGAUGGCGAAGGUGGAGGGAUCUAUACAACCAUGUAAAGAUGUUAUAUAUUUUCCAUGAAUCAAUAAAUUGACUGAGCUUUACUUCA